AUGAAGGAGACGUCCACAUACCUGCUGAACCGCGCCAGCGUCCUCUUCGGCCGGCCUUCCUUCCGGAAGCCACAGGCGCAAGCUGAGCCCGAGCCGAGCUGCUUCGAGGGGUGCUUCGCCCGCUUCCUGGGCUACCCCAGCGGCAACACCAAGCAGAUUGCGGUGACCUACGGCGAGAGGAAGGCCCUGACCUCACUGCCCGCACCGCGUGAAUGGGCCGAGCUGCCCUCGGAGAAGCGCUCGGGGAUCCAGGUGGAGGUGGCCUCUCACGCCAAGGAGCUCAAAGGCUGGAUCAACCAGGACGCGGCGCUGGCCGUGCUGCCGGCCGGCUGCAGUGCCACCGGAGACGGGAACAGCGGCACUUCCGGGCCUCUCUUCCUCUUCGGCGUCUUCGAUGGCCACGGCCGCUUGGGUCACGAGGCCUCGGAGACGGCCGCUGCGCGGAUGCCGGGGCAUCUGAGCAGCCAGCAGACGCAUCCCUCGAAGAAUCCUGCCAAAGCCCUGGAGGAUGCCUUCCGCAGCACCGACGACGACAUCUAUGCCAAAAUGGGCUCAGACGUCGAGUACAGUGGUUCCACAGGCGUGGUGGUCAUGGUCGACAGAGGCCAGUCCUUGUUGACGGUCGCCAAUGUCGGAGACUCGCGUGCCGUGCUGGGACGCUUGGAAGGUUCCUCCUGGCGGGCCGUGCCGCUCACCACAGACCUGAAGCCGGAGAUGACCGAGGAGCGAGAGCGCAUAGAGCUCAGCGGAGGCGUCGUGAGUAGAUUCCGAGACUCUUCCGGUGAAGAGGCCGGGCCUUUCCGGGUCUGGGACGGGCCCUCUUGCGAGAAGCCGGGCUUGGCUGUGUCCCGCAGCUUGGGCGACGGCGCCGCGCGUAGUCUCGGGGUCAUCGCAGCACCCGUGGUUACCAAGCACAAGCUGCAAGGGCAGGACAAGUUCUUGAUCAUCGCUACUGAUGGCCUCUGGGACUCUGUAGAGAACGAUGAGGCCGUGCGGAUCGUUGCAAAGUUUCAGACCAUGCCCAGCAUCGCCCUGAAAGCCCUCACCGAGGCCGUGAGGCGGGCCGAGGGCGAUGAGCUGGUGGAUGACACCACCAUCCUGCUGAUCCACUUCCGUGAAGGCUGA